UUCACAUCAACAUUGUCAAAGAACAUCUCGUCAACGUUACCGUCGUCGUAAUGUCCAUGUGUCCGGUAGUACCUCACUUUCGUUCGACGGAUCUAAUUCAGCCGGUGAAGCAACAGCCCGAUACUGUGCAUUUCAAAGGAUCUUUUCCGUUGCGAAAAUUCAAAUCAAACCCGGACCUCGUGGUAGUGAAGGCGAUCGAACAAAAUCGUUUCGAUAGGAUUCCAUCGCCCACGGUGUGCGGCCCGGAAGUGAUGUUGAUACACCGCCGGAUGGAGAAAAUCAAUUCUCGGGAUAAAAAAAUGGAAAAAACUCGUGUAUACGUUCGUCCUGGAUCUCUGGAAACGGGGGAUUGCAGAAAUAAACAAAAUAGAAACUUAGCGGUUGAAAACGAAAUCGGUGAGAUUAGUCAAUUGUGUCAGGAAUUUUCGGAUCAAAUUUGUUUGUUGAAGUGAAUCACUAGAUGCUAUGUUAUUAAAUUGCUGUUUUGUAUUGGAGUGCCUUCCUCGACUGCCGGUGUUUUCAAUUGAAUUGCAAGUAACAAAGAAUUAUAUUUCGAACAUUAAA